CCCUCAUCACAUAGUUGCAUCACAGCUCUGCUCACAAACGCACUUGCAAAUAAGACCAGUACAACAUUUCCCCUGUAUAGAAAUAUAAAGAAGCAAAGGUGUACAAUUUGUAAAUGACAAAAUGUUACAAUUCAGGAGCUUCGAUGCCGAAAAACAUCAAUUACAGGAGCUCAACAACAGACUGGGCCAGUAUCUGUCAAGAACGAAGCAGUUGGAGCAUGAAAAUGCAAUCCUGAUAACUGAAAUAAACAAGAGAAGACAAGAUAAAACGGUGGAAUGGGACAACAAAUGUAUGGCCGAAAUGCGGGACCUGAGGAGAACGGUGGGGCAACUAUCCUUCGAUAAGUCCCGAGCCGAGAUGGAACGAGAGAAGUUAUGGCAAGAGUUUCAGAUGUUACAGUCUAUGUGUGGUGAGGAGCAGGUGGUAUGCAAAGACAUUGAUGGAGAGAUGAAAGGUUGCGAAAAGCAGCUUCAAAAAGCUCAACAGACUAAUGGUGCACUUGAGGAACGUCUGUUCCAGCUUGAGAACGAGUGCAGAUUUAUUGAGGAUGCGCACAGACAAGAAAUGACCAAGCUUCAGAACCAGGUCCAUUCACGACCUAAUGUUACGAAAAUGUAUCAUGGCCCUCCGGGAGUCUCGAUGGAAGAUAUGCAACAGUACGCCCUCAGCCUGGCCGAUGGAUGGAUGGACACUUUCGAAAUGUAUCGAAGGAAGGUCGAAGAAAUGGAGGACUCGAUCAAAGCCGACCAGAUGAGGCUGCAUGAUCUCCAAAGGGAAAAGAUACAUUAUGCCGCAGAGUUUGACAAAUUACGCAAAGAAGCUGACACGCAAGGUCAGAUUCAAAUACACCUGGAGGAACAGCUCAUAGACAUGCAGGAGAACUUCCAUGGGGACAUCACCAAGUAUCAGGUGAUUAUUGAUGAAUUGGAGAGGGAGCGGGAAAUGUUGGCCAACACCAUGGCAGAAAGGGUCAGAGACCACCAGGAGCUCCUGCAGGUCAAGAUGGAUCUGGGCAUGGAGGUGGCUUACUACAGGGCACUUAUUGAAGGAGAGCAUCAGCAACAUCUGCAGUCAAGAGAAAGAGUCCUAGAUAUUAAGAUGAGGCCUCCACAACACUACAAACCAAGAGUUUCCACCUCAGCCAGACAGGAUGUAAGGAAGCAUCUGGAUGUGAGAUACAUGGAACCAACCUCAAGCUUGAGAAAAUCACCUGUUCCAUCUCAGUAUGGUCGCACCAGUCCUUCCAGGGUCAUACCUAUCUCAGUCACAGGCAGCAGCUACAAUAGGAAUCAGAGUCCUGCAGCCAGAAGGGACAUGGUCUCGUUCACUAAAUCCCAGUCUGCAUCCUCCAGCUCUUCAUCCUCUACUAUUAAACCUGUGGCCCAGAGUACCGACAAGAAGAAUGUAGAUGCUCAGAAAAAAGUUGUGGAGGAGAGGAGUGUGAGAAUCAAAGAGGUGUCACAACACUCAGCUAAGGAUUCUCGAGGCCAUUCUCGAGGCACAGCAAACAAGUCCAGUCCCAUUGCCUCACCCACUGCUGACAUCAAAUCAGUGAGAAUAGUGUCACCACCAAUGAUGAGUCUGAGCAGAAACACGGAGGAGAACAGCAAAAAGAAAGGAGAGAGGCAAGUUGAAAGAGAGGUGAGAGGCGAUGUAUUUCAUCUUCAGAAUGUCAAGAUGCAUGCCAAAGAGGGCAACGUUGCAGGCACCACAACAAGUGAUGAGAUGGUCUUAGACUCUGUGUCUAUGGAAGAACUUAUUGAUAAGGUCAUGAAACCUGCUGGUUUUGAUCGAAUGGUCUGCAGCUCAUCUCCAGACUCCAAAAUCACUUACCAUGUGGAGAAAACUGAGCAGGAGGACGGGUCAACAAAGACACAGAUUAUCCUGGAGUCCAAGGUGCAGGAGGAGCUGGAUAUGUCAGAGGACUCUGCACUGGAACAACUGAUCAGCAAGGGAGUGAAACACGUGUCACUGGAGGAUAUCAAGGGCAGUGAAACAGGAAACAUGAUUCAGAACCUUCUCAGCCUUGGGCUGCAUGGAGGAGAGGACAUGGAAAACAAGUCUGUCAAUGUGGAGAUCAUUGAGGAACCAGUGGAGGGAUACAGUGACGAGGAGUACGAGUUUGAGGAGAAGUCCACACCCAAGUUCUCCCAGCCCUCUUCAAUGUUCUUCCAGAUUGAAGAACUAGAGAAUGACCCCCACGGCACCAAAUACCUUGAGAGUGGUGCUGAAGUAAUGAAAACCUCCAUGACAGAUGAAAACUAUGGCAGGAAUGGUGGAUCUGUGAAGGUCCAGGAAGACUUCAGAGAUAGUGAAUCUCCAUACUACAGCCACGACCAAGAGUCUCAAGAGUAUUUUGUCUCUACACCUGAAGAGCCUGAGGAGGGUGGUGGUAUUGCAUCAUAUGGACAUUACGGAGUGGUGGACGACCUUUCAGAUGAAAGGUACUACAAGGAUGGGGGACUCUCAAGAAACAGAAUGUUUGUUGAGGAAAGCGAUAGUUGCAGACCUGCAUCAGACAGUCUGUACAUAAAGGGUGACCACUCCUUGGCGCGAGAGAGUUUCCCUGAGUGCAUUAUUGAAGAGGAGACCAUCCAUGUCUCCCCCACAGUACAGGAGUCGAUGCUUGGAUACCUGAGAGAGGAAACUCUGGACCCCAAAGAGCAGCUGAGGGGAGCCUUAGAGCAGCUCCAAGGAACAGUGUCAGGGAGCCUGAAAGAAGAGUUGGCGCUCUUCACAAGAGGCGGCAGUGAUGGUCCUCAGAACAUAUCUGUGGACAUCAAGAAAGUACACCAGUCCUCCGAUAACGGAACCACGACUAUCGUGGCAGAGCUCAAGAGCUCAACAACCCUGGAGGACUCUGGGCUGCUGGAGGAGCAGGGGCAUGAUGUAUCUGAGGAGCAGAUCAUGGCGGCUCUACGCUCCUCCAACUCCGGCCUUGGAGCAGAGGGAGGAUUCACCCUGGUCACAAAUGAGAUGGGCUGGGUGACUAGCAGUGAGGGACAGGGAGGAGAGUCCACGACUGAAGUCACUGAGAAGCACAUCAAGCUGGGGCCAUCAGAGAAGUCCUUUUCCUUCCAGAUGGAUGUGAAUAACGGCCAAGGACAGGAUCCCCCACUGAAGGUCACUCAUGAGAAAAGAGUUGCCACAGUCUAUCUUGAAUCUAAUGAAGAUGAGAUCUGAUUAAAAUUAGAUCAUUUUAUUACAUUACUCCCCAUAUUAAGCCGCACACCAGUCAAUCAGUUGCAAUCAACAGUGAGGCGACGUCAUUAGUGGCGAUUCAUAAAUUGCGAUGCCUACAAUCAUGGUAAGAAUACAAAUUAUAGCCCUGCCUGUAUAUAAAAAAGUGAAAUAGCAUUGGUUACCCAUUUUCACACUGCUCUCUGCUUCCCUUUGAGAAUAUGUUAUAUUCAUUUCCUGCUAGAUACACUCCUCUAUUUAUUUAUUUAUACAGUGAAGCUAAAACAUUAAUGUGGCUCUAUACUCCAGCAUUUUGAAUUUGAGAUCAAAUGUUUUAUAUGAGGCGACAGUACAGAAUAUCACUGUUAUUUGAGGGUAUUUUCAUACAUUGUGAAUAAGCAUUUCACUGCAAGGUCUACUACACCUGUUGUAUUUUAUUAUUAUUUUAUUUUACCUGUAUAACAUUUUAGUUGACAUAUCUGUUUUACCAUUUAUAAAUUAAUGCACUUCAUUUAUAUAGUCCCCCCAUUUGAAGGUGUCAUAAGUAAUUGGACAAAUGCACUUAUAGUGUAUUAAAUGAAUUCAAACGUUCAGGAGUUGGUCUCAUUUUCCUAGCACGCAAUGACUACAUCAAGCUUGUGACUCUACAAACUUAUUGGAUGCAUUUACAGUUUGUUUUUCGGAUUAUAUGUUGUGCCCAAUAGAAAUUGAUGGUAAAUAAUGUUUUGUCACUUUUAUUGUAAAUAAGAAUACAAUAUGUUUCUGAACACUUCUACAUGAAUGUGGAUGCGACCAGGAUGUUGGAUAAUCAUGAAUGAAUCGUGAAUUGUGAAACAUGCUUUUUUGAUGGGGGUAUGAUGUUUAUGCCUCUAACUUUCUCACUCAUUCAUUUCUAAAUGGCAAAACAAAUAUGUAUGAAAAUACCCACAAAUAAAAGGUGACAUUCUUUACUGUCGCCUCCUUUAAAACAUUUGAUCUCAAAUCCAAAAUGCUGAAGUUUAGAGCCAAAUAAAAUAAAAAUAAAAUAUUCAAAUAAAUAUGUAGGGAGUGUAUAUAUGUGUACUAACUUGUACUACACUGCUUAGGCCUCUCUUCUCUUUUGCCUGAGAUACUUUAACCAAAUAUGGAAUGAUGCUAAUAUACAUGUAUAUCCUUCAUUGUUAUGAUUAAGAUUGCAGUGUUAAAACAGGUUCAACAUGUAUGUAGCUAGAAGAAAACAUAUUCGUAUUGUUUCCUGUAAUGCCAUGAUAUUUGGAACCACAUUUAAAGCUAGUGGUUUGUUGCUGAGGGACUUCCUGUGGUUAAUAAGUGGAAUCAUCCAAUACAGUGCUUAUGAUGGAUAUAUUGGAAUGUGUUUAUGAUAGGGCAUAAAAGUAAGUGUAUCAUGUCUUGUCAAAUGAAAUCUACCCUCUAUGAAUCAUUUGAAUUGGAAAUAGACAUUUUUUUAACUGCAAUUUGUCAAAUCAAAUGGGGUGUUAUCGAGUGAUUCUGAUCACCACUUUGCAUGUUUGACAUUACUUAUACGUUUAAAAUAAUUGUCCCUCGAAAUAAUUUUAUAGUUUAUCCUUCCGGUUCCCUCACCAUGAUCUUUUAAUCUGUAAAUGGCUUUAGAUCGGCGAGAAGUAAUCCGGCCAUCUUGAAUUCCAAAGAGAGUUGUUUUUCUCUGCUUGUAGAGGCAGUGGUAGCAAGACAGACAGAGGCUUUAAACUAGGUGGAAAUAACUUGAGGAAUGAAGAGACAGAGAGCUAGAGAGAAUGAGGAGGUAAGCAGAUGGUUAGUGUCUGAGAAGACACCUGUAUAUCUAAUUUCAGUAAACCACAGUACAUAUGAAUUGCCUCGGCAUGAGCCAUGUUGUGUUGGUGACCAGUGUCAGAAUUCACCUUGGCUCAGAGGUGAGUUAGUGUGUGUACCACCGUGGCUAUUUUAGGACCAGCGCACCAGCUUAGUAGCACUGCCUGUGUGUGUGUGGUGUGUGUCUGCGUGCGUGUGGAAAAACUAAAGCACCUCCAAUAUGACUUCAUCCCACAACCCCCGUCUUCUUCCUCAAUAAGCUGCUUUAGAGUUCUUCUCUGCACCAGAGCAGAAACACCGAACACAGAUCUUUCACAUUAUGCUUACUUGGCACGGUCUUGUUAUAACAGAGCAUAAAGAGUGUGAAAAUACAAUAUAAUUGCUUUACAAAUUGUUUUGUGACAAAGCUGAACGCAAAUGACCUAAAGUAGAGCACUUUAGAGUUGAAAGAUGUCAGCUAUAAACAAUGGUUUGUUGUUGUACUUAAGUGCCCAGAUACAUUAGAAAAAAGGUUUUGCCUUUCACAGUACAAGUCCUUAAACAUCUCUUUAGUGUGUGAAUAUAGCGUGAAAGACUUUUAUAAAACACCCCGUUUGGCCAAAACACUUACAUACUAUACUGUAGGUUCAUUUUGUGUUUAAGAACAUUAUCAAAAAGGCAGUCCUUUUUGAUACGCAACAUUGUAGGUGAAAUUAAACCUCCAAACUACCCAAUGUGCCAUGUUUAAACACAAAAAUGGUGCAGUACACAUUGCAAUGCAAAAGAGCAUUUCAUGCCUCAAUUUUGAAUGUUUAAAAAGGGGAUGUGCUACCCUCAUGAUUCAUUGGUGUUAUUCGCAUAUUGAAAGUAAGUGCUUAAAUGCAUUAGCCUACUUUAUUCUUCUUUUAAUAAAGAUGGGUGAAUUUAGUGAGAAUGAGUUUUCAACCAUUGUUUGGACACCUCUUCAUAUUGCAAAAACAAUUAAAUUACUACUUGAGUGUG